AUGAAUAGAUAUACUGCACUCACAAUAGUCAAAAUUAGUUGUGUCCUCCUGCAUGUACCACUUGUUAGUCUAGAAUAGACUCCUAGUUUCCUCGCAUAUCGCUCAAACGAAUAUAAUGUGACUUAUAGAUUUGAAGCACUCUUGUCUCAUAAUUCAGAUAGAAGAUUACGAUUAUACAGUGUUCCUUGAAGUAUUCAAUCCAUUCUAUGCCAAGGAGGUAAUCGGGCUCACAUCUUCAUCUAAACCCUUUGCUUGACUAAUUGUCUCAGAUAAAAAUCCAAGUAAACUUGUCUUUCAGCAGAGUGUUACAAUGUACCAAAUGGGAUGAAGACAAAUGUUCUUUCACUCCCAAAUCUUUGAGGAUUGUUAAUAGUAUUAAGAAGUAUCCCCUUAACCUGCUAAUUAACAAGCUUUUGACAGAGAAUGGUCUUAGUACCAAUAAAUGUCUUUCAUAUAAGCAGACUAUGAAUUUCAAACUAAAGAGCAAAUGUCCAAACAGUUGUGAUGAUUUGAGUUUCUAGAAAUCAGAGUUGAGAGAGCUAAGGAUCUUAUAUAAUUUACAUCAGCAUAAGACAUACAAGAUCACAUUAUAAAUAAGGGUCCUGUUGUCAUGGCAUUGAAAUGUAAUAGCCAUAGUAACUAGAAUAGGGGGAGUAAUAUUUUAAGAUCCCUUAUAAAUAAAGAGAAUUCCAAGGAUGAUUUGAAAAUUCCUGAGUUCCUAUGUCUUAUAGAAGAUGGUUCAAGUUUAAAUGAAGACUCAGGUGAAAAAACGAUCAGGACUUUGGCAUCAGGAUUCUUAGUAUGCCAAAGUUGGCAUACAGAAAUGGAUGGCAAGAUAAGAUGGAAAUCAUUGGAUUAAUUUGGUACUCAAUACAGGGUUGAUGGCAGAGUCAAUGUAGGAGAGAAAAACCAAUACAUAUUGGGGUACUUUGGAUUUGAUGUCUGA